GGUUGGAUCACGAGGUCAACAGAUCGAGACCAGCCUGGUCAACAUGGUGAAACCCGUCUUUACUAAAAGUUACAAAAAAUUAGCUGGGCAUGGUGGCGCGUGCCUGUAAUCCCAGCUACUCAGGAGGCUGAGGCAGGAAAAUUGCCUGAACCCAGGAGGUGGAGGUUGCGGUGAGCUGAGAUCCAGCCAUUGCACUCCAGCCUGGGUAACAAAAGCGAAACUCCAUCUCAAAAAAAAAAGACCAUUUCUGUGCAUUCUUGAUUCUAGGACCCUCCUCUGCCUCCCUCUCCAGGAAGUCCCAUAGGACCCUAUACUUGAUUUAGAACGUGUGAGAGACACUUCCCAGUGCCUGGCACGUGGUGGGAGCUCAGCACAUGUAAAAUCCUUUCCUCUGACCACUCAAAGUGGCUACCUGUGGGGCAGGCCAACAGGGGCUUCCCCAGUCUCAGAGCUGAUGGGCAUCUGGUCCCUGCCUCCCCCUUCCUUCUCUGGCUGAUGACAAAUACCUGACUGUCAUCACAUCCUCUGUAUCCUCAUCUGUUAUUCUGGGACACGGGCAGGGGAGGGUACUGAGCAGUCCCCCUUCAACAAAGGCCGGCCUUUCUUGGGAUGUGGGCUGGCUGGUGUUGGUCCGAGGAUGGAUGCUGAGGGUGAGGCACUCAUCCUGCUAGUCUGGCUGGAUGCUGGCAGGAGGGCGGGGCAAGGAGGGGCGGAGCUUCCAGAACAAAAGAGAAUAGGGAGCCCAGGAGCCAGCCUCGGCAUCAAAAAGGCUCUGCAGAGCAAGCAGCACACAGCACUUCCUGCCUCUUCCCUAGCUGUUAGUCGGCUGAAGGCGCCUGCUCCCUCCUGCUUGCCCAAGGCCGGGCAAGUCAGCCUCACUCUGCUUCGAGAGGCCCCGUUUUCCAGCGUGAUUGCGCCGACACUGCUCUGUGGCUUUCUCUUCUUGGCGUGGGUUGCUGCUGAAGUUCCAGAGGAGAGCAGCGGGAUGGCCGGGAGUGGAGCCAGGAGUGAGGAAGGCCGCCGGCAGCAUGCCUUCAUCCCAGAACCUUUUGAUGGAGCCAAUAUCGUCCCAAACCUCUGGCUGCGACGAUUUGAAGUCAUCAACGACCUCAACCAUUGGGACCAUAUCACCAAGCUAAGGUUCCUGAAAGAGUCCCUCAGAGGAAAGGCCCUGGAUGUCUACAAUGGGCUCAGUCCCCAGGACCAAGGAGACUAUGAGAUUGUGAAAGAGACCCUCUUGAAGGCCUUUGGGGUCCCUGGGGCCGCCCCCAGCCACCUACCCAAAGAGAUCGUCUUUGCCUACAGCAUGGGUAAGGGCUACUAUCUCAAGGGGAAGAUUGGCAGAGUGCCCGUGAGGUUCCUGGUGGACUCUGGGGCCCAGGUCUCUGUGGUCCACCCGAGCUUGUGGGAGGAGGUCACUGACGGCGAUCUGGACACCCUGCGGCCCUUUGAGAACGUGGUGAAGGUGGCCAACGGUGCCGAAAUGAAGAUCCUGGGUGUCUGGGAUACAGCGGUGUCCCUAGGCAAGCUGAAACUGAAGGCACAGUUCCUGGUGGCCAACGCAAGUGCUGAGGAAGCCAUCAUUGGCACCGAUGUGCUCCAGGACCACAACGCAGUCCUGGACUUUGAGCAUCGCACCUGCACGCUGAAAGGGAAGAAGUUCCGCCUGCUGCCUGUGGGAGGGUCCCUGGAAGAUGAGUUUGACCUGGAGCUCAUAGAGGAGGAACCCUCCUCAGAAGGGCCGCAAGAGCUCUCCCACUGAGAAGCCCCCUUUUCUUUACCCUCUUAAAUAUUGGUGAGAAGACCCACUGGUGUAGGGGGUCACAUAUCCUCAGGGGGGUCACUAGGCUUGGCCAAUCCACUGUAUCAAUUCUUGCCCUUCCCCCCGCCUCCCUCUGCAGGGGCCUUAAUCUGCCCCUGGUGGGGGAGGCUUCCACUGAGCAGGCACAGGUGAGGGACAGGGUCCCCAUGGUCAUCAGACUGCUACUGAUGCAGACUUGACGGCUGGAAGAGCUCCCAAGGAAGCUAAAAUGUUUGUCUUUGAAAGAACUGUGGGACCCCUCAGAUUCCUUGAGGUAUGGCUUGCUUACUCUCUGGUCCUCAAAGCCUGCUCAGCUGGGCUGGGUCCUGGCUGCAGGGUCUUGGUGAGGGUCACAGUUGCUCUCGGACACCUCCCUGAACAGCCUUUCCACCUGGACAAUGGUAUUUUCUUUCUGUCAUUUGCUUUGAAAUUCAUUGUGCCUUGUGCCAAUAAUUCAGUUGCUGCAAACACCAAUAAAGACUGAUCCA